AUGAACACCACGGUUAUGGCCAACACGACCAUGUUCCCGACCUUCAACGGGACCAAUGUCACCACCAGUGCAACAACAAACAUGACGAGCACCAGCAUGUUGACCUCCUCCCCGACCUCGACAUGGACGACGGGCCCCUUCACCACGCAGACGCCGGCGCCAACGCCGAUUCCAGGCAGCCUGGACACCCCGUGGUACUUCAGCGACGUGCUGGACCUGCCUGCCCUCAUCUUGUACGGCAUCGUCGGCGCUAACCUCGUGCUCAGCUUCAUGGCAUGGUUCAUCCUGAAGUGCUGCUUGCAUCGCCCGCGCUCGGCGCGUCGCGUGCGCUUCGUUGCGCCCAUUGUGCAUUUCCUCAUCUUCUUCCUGUUUGAGUUUGUGGUUCUCUGUGCUCGACUUCACGCCUGGACCACCAACGACAACGAGUACACGCCGUCGUGGACGGCGGAGGGCGAAAUGGUGUUCCCCGGUCCAGCGUUUAGCUCAAGCCUCAGCCCCGAUUUCCUGCGCGAGGUUGGCUGCAGCGACUUCAUCUUGACCAAUGGCACGACGAGCACACUGGAGCCGGUCGGCCCCAGCGAGUAA